AUGGCACCUUCGGUGGAUGUAUCGCUACUUCGACACAACGACGCGUCUUCUUUUGUGGAUAUACUACCUUCGAAAUCCGCCAUAACCACCCAAUCCGCCAUAACCACCCAAUCCGCCAUAACCACCCAAAUCCACGAAAUCCCAAAAACCGACACCCAACCACGACCCACCACACUUGACCUCCCCAACACUCUCGUUCUCAACCCAGCCUUCGUAACGCAGGACUUUGACGCACUCCGCUUCGAAGCCGCCGCACACCACCAACUGCCGUCGCCGGACUCGCCAACCACAACGCCCAACAGCGGUGCUUCCACCCCGUCCUCCUCGCCAGCCUACUCCACGCUCCUCAUCUCCUCGCCCUACAACAAUCCAGGCCACUACCUCGACCUAACCACCCUCGCCGGGCCAUCACGCCUGCUCGCACUCUCUCUCACAGCCCUCGCCCCAACACGCCCGGACUACGCCCUAGCACCGUACACGUCGAGUCUCAACCUCGCGACCGUGGUCGCGGAGCUGCGCGCCGCCGUGCACCGCGAGGGCAUCCCGUGGCGUGAAACGUCGUUUUACGUCGUCGUGUUCCGCAGCCAGUUGAAUGUGGGCGUCGAUCAGGACUGGCUGUACAAACUCGACUACGAGAGUCACCGCGAGGCGUGCGAGAGUGGCGGGUUGCUGAAGUAUUGGUUUGGGAAGGCGGAUCUGCAGGGAGAGAGGCGGAAUCUAGCGACGUGCUUUUGGCACUCCCGCGAAGACGCACACAAAGGCGGCUUGGGGCCCUGGCAUGCAAAAGCGCGAGCGGCGGGGAGAACGCUGUACGAGAGCAUUGUGUUCUCGACGCAUCGGUUUACCGUGCUGGACGGGGUGGAGGGGUGGAGAUUUGAAGAUUGGAAGGAUUGA